GACAUUGAUCAGGAAGAAGAGCAUGAACUGUUCAACGUGGAAUAAUCUCCUGAAAAACCCUGGAUUUCUCAUGGUUAUGAAUUCACACAUUGCUGCCAGUGUGCUAUCCAUUAUCAUUUCUGCAUUCGUGAUUGUAAAAUGCGGGCAGCUAAGUUUUCACGCCAACUGUAGGGUUUAUCAAGCUGGAAACUAUGUAACUUUGCAAAGACCAUGUGAAUUUGUGAUCUCGAGAGAUGUAUGCUUCACACUACGGUUUUUGGGAAACUUUUGCAUGAUCUCCUUUGCUAUUUUGCAGUUUGCUAUGGUAGCUGAAAGAUAUGUGGCCUUGUGGAAGCGCAGCAAUUAUGAAACAUUUGGAAGAAAACUCGGUUUUAGUUUCGCAUUCGUCUCGGUCUCAACUGGAUUAGCUUUCGUCGCCUGGACUAUUCGUGUAGAAGAUUAUUCGUAUUUGCCUUACUGUACCGGAUUAUCGCCACGCAACCUGGAAAGAAUAACAAUAUUAUGUUAUCUGCUUUGCUCCAUAAACGUGAUCACUUUAGUUGGAGUGGCAGCUCUCUUCACUGUGAAUCACAUUGCCGUCAAGAGUAGACGUUUUGAUUUGGGUUCUUCCUAUCAAUUGGCGGAAAACUACUCCGUGAUCAGACUUCUUUUGCCCCUCUCUAUAUUCCAAAAUAUAUGUUACGCUUUCUUCACUUUCUCUAUCGUGGUACUUGCC